AUGGCGCCGGUGAAGAGGAGGGUGUUUAACACAAAGAAUGAACUAGCGGCGGGGCUGGCGAAAUACACGGCGGAUCUAUCCUCCAAAUUCUGCAAAGAAAGAGGAGUUUUCACGGUUGUUCUCUCCGGUGGAGACCUCAUAUCGUGGCUCUGGAAAUUGUUGGGACCUCCUUAUAUUGAUUCAAUUGAAUGGUCUAAAUGGCACAUCUUUUGGGUCGACGAGAGGGUUUGUGGUUGGGAUGAUGUCGAUAGCAACUAUAAACUCGCCUACGACGGUUUUCUCUCCAAGGUUCCGAUUCCGGCCGAAAAUAUCUACGCCAUUGACAACGGCCUUGGAGCCGAAGGCAACGCUGAGCUAGCAGCCGAACGCUACGAGGAAGGCCUCAGACAAAAGGUGAACCAAAACAUAAUCCGAACAUACAAAUCAUCCGGUUUCCCACAAUUCGAUCUUCAGCUUCUAGGAAUGGGACCGGACGGUCACAUGGCGUCUCUAUUCCCGGGACAUGAUGAGAUCAAUGAGAAAGUGAAAUGGGUUACAUACAUAACCGAUUCACCUAAACCGCCACCAAAAAGGAUCACUUUUACUUUACCGGUUAUCAAUUGUGCUUCGUACAAUGUUAUGGCCGUAUGUGAUAAAGAACAAGCUGAUUCCGUUGCGGCUGCUUUUACUCAUACUAAAGACGUACCAGCCGGUAGACUAACCGCGGAUGUUGAAGUGGUCUGGUUUCUUGACCAAGCAGCUGCGUCUAAACUCCCUCGUGGAGGGUGCUCUAUCCUUUGA